GAAAAAAGAAAAAAUAGUUACGGAACUUCUUUUGUAAGUUUUGAUUUUCUAAGUAGUUGUGUUGUGCAGUUUUGUAAUGUGAAAAAAAAUGUCUACUUUUCAGAAAUCGGCUUUGCGUCCCAAAAGACUAUACCAGGAUGAUGCCCAGUUGUCCAUCGAUUUACUACAAAACCAUUCCAUCAACUCUUUGUUGAUGAGAGAUGUACCGUUGUGGGAAGUGGAGGAAACUGAGGGAGAAGAUACAAUGUACAUAUCAGAUUUGCUAGGUCUGAAUUCGCCUCGUGGCCAGCUCAACAGCAGCGAUUAUUCAGAUGGAUUGAGUACCCCACCUGUGAGCCCACAAAAUCAGAAUACAUUCGAUCGUCAAAACAAUUAUGGGAACGAGAGCGGCAAGAUGCGCAUCAGUAAAAAAUACCAGAGAAAUGUUUCUUUUGGAAGUACCGGAUCUAGUCCUCAAACGCCCCCGCAUUUUGCUAGAGCGAUGAGAAGUGAAUCGUUGAAUGACUCUUGUGGAAGCAACAGUCCAUUUGAUCAGCAGCAGUUUCUGAACCGCAGUUUUGUAUCAGAAUCUCCAGAAGCAUAUUCCACUGCUGCUUCCAGCCUGCAACACAUAUCAGAACUUGGCAAUUUAUUGAAUUCAUUGACUGUUAACGACGUAUCGGAAAGUUUGCCAGGACCCGAAGCCAUACCUGAUGUGGACUUGGAAUAUCUAAACGCUGUCCGUGCUCUGCAAUAUUUACAAAACAAUCCUGGAGCACUUGGUUCCUUUUUUCCUACAAGUCCAGCGGCCCCAUUGGGAGGACCGAAUACAAAUUCGAGUCUUCUCAAUUUGAUACCGCAAAACUAUUAUCAGUUGGAUCGAGCUGCAAGAUUUCAUCGAUCUUCUGCAUCUUUAUAUGAUGCUGUGUGCACAUGGAGUGGAAAUUUACCAGCUCGCACCGAACACCCGUAUGGAUAUUCGAGCAAAGUUUUUCUGGGAGGUGUACCAUGGGAUAUUUCUGAGCAAUGUCUAGUGCAAAUAUUUAGACAAUUCGGACAGGUCAGAGUGGAAUGGCCGGGUAAAGAUAGACAAGUUUCCCAACCCAAAGGUUACGCCUACCUUAUCAUGGACUCCGAAAAGGCUGUCAAGACACUGAUAAAGUCCUGCGAUACGGAUUAUACUUGUGAAAACUUCUUUUUUAAAAUGGGUUCUAAGAGGAUGAAGUCUAAAGAUGUUCAAAUUAUUCCUUGGUUCCUGAGCGAUUCAAACUACACAAAAUCGGCAUCGCAAAAAUUGGAUGCAAGCAAAACUGUAUUUGUGGGUGCUCUACACGGAAUGCUGACUGCUUAUGGAUUGGCUGUAAUAAUGAACGAUUUGUUUGGUGGCGUUGUUUAUGCAGGUAUUGAUACUGAUAAAUACAAAUACCCAAUUGGAUCAGGAAGAGUUACCUUUAAUAACUCGCGUUCCUACAUGAAGGCUAUUGCGGCUUGUUUUAUUGAUAUUAAAACUACAAAGUUCACUAAAAAGGUUCAAGUCGAUCCUUAUCUAGAAGAUUCCCUCUGCUCAAUAUGCGGCUUCCAACAAGGACCCUACUUCUGUCGUGACCUUUACUGCUUCAAAUACUUUUGCAGAACCUGCUGGGUGUAUCAGCACGUCACCUUGGAACUUUUCAAUCACAGUCCCAUGUGCAGAAAUUCGAAAAAUAGUCCCUUUGUGGGUUUCGGUAAGCAGCAGAGAGUUGCUGCUGCCUCUAACCAUCGCGCUGCAGCUGCUUAUGUUGACUAUGACGUUAUAGCUGAUCCUGCUGACCGUCAUGUUGAGAGUUCCCUGGUUAAACCGGGAACUUCUUUCAGUAUGGACCUGGAAGAGUUUUGAGUAUUCUAUUUAUGUUUUUUUUUUUUUGUUAUAUUUAGUUUAUUGUUUGUUCUAUUUAUUUUCUUUUUUUUGUGGCUUCAAAAGCGGCAGCAAAAUGCCGAUAUUUCUUUUUACCUCUAUUAUGUGGUAUUGAUACUUUUGAAGGCCCAUUUAUAUAUUUAUAUAAGUUAAAUAUGGUUUCAAAUGCCACAUAACUAUUAUGUAGAACAAGGCCCUCUUGUGGCCAUUUGUUGUUUGUUACUUUAUAUUUAUUUUAUUAGUUUUUAGGGUUUUCACGGUCUAGAUUUAUCUUGAUAAAUCACAAAUAGACCUACUACUGAAUUAGUAUUAUUACUUUAUUAUAUUGAUAGCAUUGAGUUCAAUUUAUAAAUUUCAAAUAGCAUAAAUACAGUUUGUUAUAAGUUGAACUUGGUGCAAGAACGGAACUUUUUCCCAAACUCAAUUUUGUACUAUAUUGUGUGUAACUCUUUUUUUUUUCAAUAAUUUAUUGCAUUGGUCACAGGACCAAACAUCAAAUUCCAAAUCAAUAAUGAUUAUUGUUUUAACUGUAUCAUAUUCUCUGUUUACUUGUUUUUUUUUUUUACUACAGUGUGUCGCCAAAUUUUAGUUUUAUAAAUUUUUUUCUGAUUUUAACUAAGUUUUAUGCCUUGAGUUUCGGAAAAGUUUCUUAAUACAAACAUGAUUGCCAAAUGGCAUUAUAUAAUUGUUUCAAUUUAUAUUGAAUUUCACUAAAAACAAAAAUAAGACAAAAAAAAUUAUUGUGGUUUUAAAAAUUAAGAGUUUUGCAUAGUUGGACAUUUAAGUUUUCAUUGAUGAACUAAAAAUUUGCUAAAACGUAUUUCUAAUGAGUGAAUAAUUAUUAAUUAAUGGUGUUUUUCAAAUCUCUAAUCAUUAUAAAUACGUUCUUAUUACAUACUUUAUUAAAACAAAACAAAAAAACAAAAAGAUAAUUUCAUAGAUUUAACCUAAUUUUUUCUUAGCUAUAAGUAUUUUUGAUAUCAUAGUUUUUAAAUGUUACUGGCAUUAUCGCCGAUCUUUGGGUUUCAUUAGGUGGUUCAUGGUAAAUAAUUACAGUGGUAACUGUAUUUUUCAAUUUAAAAUUUUUUUAAGAAUUUUUAUAAUAUAAAAAAAAAUUGUCCAUAGGUACAAAACAGUCCUAUUAUGGACAGCUUGCAAAACAUAACAUUCCAUUGUUGCUAUUUACUUUUGAUAUAAUGAGAACAAAGUUCCAUGCAAAAAGUAAAUAAUGAUGAGUGCUUUAAUUCCUGUAGAAUUAGUAUUGCAAUAAUAUUAAUACCCAUUGCUUUAUGCGUUUUAAUUGUUUAAUGACUUAAUAAGUUACUACUGAAAGUACUACAUAGUACAAAAUAAAUGAUGCUUAUUUUAAGUCAUUGCAAUAAUUAAAACUUGCUUUAAAAUCCAAACUGCUUUUUGUAGGGCUGUAGCAGUACCUCAUCAUUUAACAAUGAUUUACCUUUAUUAAAAUUUUCUAUAUCGCUCAAGUUUCUGAUUUUUGCACAUCCCUUUUCCCUUAUCCUGCUUGCUUUUUGCUUUGCUUUAUAGUACAAAUAAAGUAGCUUUUGAAAACUGUAUAAAGUUUUGAAAAGUUGCUUAACACUUAAAGCUUAUGGUAUAUUUUGAACCUUACUGGGAUUUUUGUGUUUUAUAUUUUUGGUCUAACAGAGGAUUCUUUUUAGUUAAUACAUUCGAUAUCUGUACUUUCAAUAGCCAAAUUAUACUGUAUUCCUAUUGAGUCUGUGACCAAAUUUUCGAAACAUACAGUAUUUUUUUUUUGUUCCAGGUAAGUAUCGUUUUAGUAGUAAUUUUAAAGAAAAUUUUAAACACCAAUGAUUUGGCACCAAAUUAUUGAUUUUAAACAUUGUUUUAAUAGUUUUAAAUGCUACAAAUUUGUGCUGUGAAGAGUAACUAUUAAGUUGAUGUUCUAAGGGUUGUAAAUUAUCCGUAGAUUAAGUUUAAACUUUCACUGGCAGCUAAUUUGCAACUUAGUAUGCCUACAAAGUUAACCAAAGUUCCUGUAAAUUGUAUGGGUUUUCUUUUUAUAAUAAAUGUGUCAAAAAUAAAUCCAGUUAGUAAUUUUAGAAAAAUAUUUUAAUAACCAACAACAAUGUAUUUAUAAAAUCACUUCAACCAUUUCUUAUAUAAAAUCAAAUACAAGCCUAAAACUGAAGAAGUAGUUCCUAUCAAACUUACAGUCCAAGAUUUCAAUUGGGAAGACCAAAGAAAUCCUGGAGGUAAAGUGUUGACUGCGUGGGUGAAGUCCAUGAAUGCUCGGCAUAAAGUCAAUAAGUGGUAGGUCUUCAGACAAUGUAAUUUUUCAGGACUUAUACUGAAAUAAUAAUUAUUAUAUAUAGUAAUGGCAUUUAGAUGAAAAAUAAUUAUUACCUUGGCACUUGGUCUAAACAUUCCUUGUGUUUUUCUAAUAAAUAUAAAUACCUUAUGGUUCUGAAACAAAGAAAGAAAUUAUUAGGAUUUUAGGAAAAUGGUAAAAUAACCUUACUAGGGCUUACAAUGCGGAAAUAGUUAUUAUCAGAAGUUAUUUGAAGGCAAAUAAGAUACCUUUAUUAUUAGGGUAAGUAUUGCUAAAAAUAAGAGAGUAAUGAGAUCUACAUAUACAGGGUGAUUUACGUAGCCCGUGCAUAGGAUUGCAGGUGGAUUGGACGCUAUUUCUACUAAUCAUCUUUUCCCAAGAUUCAUUCUUUUGUGUGAUCUUUCUCCUGACUUUUGCUUGGGCUUCUUUAGAUGAAAUCUUGUCUACAAUGUCCUCGACUCACUAAUAGGGUUUCCCUUGCGUUUUUUUUUUUUUUUUUUCAUAAACUUCCAUGAGAUCUACAUUUUUCAACUAAUUUAUGAAAAAAAAAAACUCUUCUUAGCCAUAGAAGAACACUACAGAGAUUUUUAUCAUGAAAGAACACUAAAGAGAUUUUCAUCAUGUAAGAAGUUGAUUACCUGAGAUGUUUUUAGCAUGGAACAUAAAAAUCCAGAAUAUCAAUUGGUUGAAAAAAGAAAAAAAAAUUGAAAGUUGGACAAGAUACUGAACAAAGAGCAGGCCCGUGUUCCAGUCUACUUUGUCACACAAAAAAACAAAUCUUCCAAAAUUCCUCUCAGUUAAAAGCCUACCCAGUCUUAAGUUUUUAUUUUUCACCCUUGUGUCAAUUGGGAGAGAACAUGAUUAGAUAGACAACCCUGCAUUAAGCACUGUACAUUUUACUUCAUCGUUAUUGAAGCUAGUGCAGAUAUAAUCAAUAGUAGAAGCUAAUGAGGCUGAAAAAAUAAUUAACUUACUUUAAAAUAGUCAAAUAAGACGUGGUAACCCAACAAGCUGAACUAGCAGUCUCCCAUUUACUAUUAUUAAUCCCAGUCAACAAUCUGUGUUUGGCAAGCCAGGAAAUUUUUUCCACAGGCAAGUAGCAUUGGUCGAUUAAAUUUGAAGUUAUUCCCAAAAUGGCCAUAUAUUUAUCGGGUUCCUAAAAACCAAUUAUCUCUAUUAAAUAAUAGGGAAUUGAUAUUUUUACUAACAUUUUUGCCAAAACCAUAUUGCAGGUUGUUUCUUAGUACCAAAAUAUCAUCAAACAGUCUGAGCGUGGUCCUAGUUCCAGACAUUGAAGAGCCGAAUAUGUUGAAUUUCUUUUGUAAUUCUGAAUCGCUCUGGAGUUCUCCAAGCAGUCUUGAUAGGUAACAUAGUGUCCUUAUAACCU